GGCGUUUAAAGCAUGCGCCCUCUAUGGGUUCUACAAAUUCUAUCUGGCAACACGGUAUCCACUCUCACUGUUGUCGUCACUGAGGUCAGGUAGACGGAGCGAAGAUGGCGACCGCCUACGAGAGAUACAAUUUGCACACGACCCCAGAGAAGUUCUACAUCGAGGCCUGUGAUGAGGGGGCUGAUGCUGUGCUGGCCAUCGACAGGGUCUCCAAUGAGAUGACCCUCACAGGCAAGAAAGAUGUCCCCCCCUCUGCGGUCACCAGGCCUAUAUGCGGCAUCAUGGGAACCAUCCGUCUGGUAGCAGGGAUGUACCUGAUCGUCAUCACCAGGAAGAGGAAUGUGGGCAGCCUGCUGGGCCACUCUGUGUGGAAGGCUGUGGACUUUGACGUGAUCUCCUACAAGAAGACAGUGCUGCAUCUCUCAGAGAUCCAGUCUCAGGAGAACAAGACCUUCCUGUCCAUGAUUAAUAAUGUGCUGACUACAGACGGCUUCUACUUCUGCACCGACUACGACCUGACACACACACUGCAGAGGCUCUCCAACACCAGCCCCGACUUCCAGGAGAUGAGUCUGCUGGAGAGGGCAGAUCAGAGGUUUGUGUGGAACGGGAACCUCCUGAGAGAACUGGCUGCGCAGCCUGAGCUUCACAAGUUUGCACUUCCUGUUGUCCAUGGAUUUAUCGUCAUGAAGCCGUGUCGAAUCAACGGGAAGAUCUUCGAGUGGAUCCUCAUCUCCAGGAGAAGCUGCUUCCGGGCCGGCGUCAGAUACUACGUCAGAGGCAUCGACUCUGAGGGCCACGCUGCUAACUUUGUGGAGACGGAGCAGAUCGUUUUGUAUGAGGGAGCAAAGGCUUCAUUUAUUCAGACUCGAGGCUCCAUGCCCUUCUACUGGAGUCAGAGGCCCAACCUGAAAUACAAACCUAAACCUAUAAUCAGCAAAACCACUAAUCACAUGGAUGGUUUCCAGAGGCAUUUUGACUCUCAGCUGCUUAUCUAUGGGAAGCAAACCCUUCUGAACCUGGUGAAUCAGAAAGGCUCCGAGAAGCCUCUAGAACAGGCCUUUGAUAAGAUGGUGUCUGGCAUGAACAACGGUAUGCUCAAGUAAGUGUCACCAGUAAGGUAUUAUGUAGCUUAUAUCUGUGUAAACAUGCAGCUGCCCCUGAACUGCACUUUGUACCGCUUUUCUUCUGUGUGCAGAAAGAGAGAGAGAUGUGCCGACACACAGGGACAGCUCAUACUUUCCUCCCAGCAUGAAUGUGUAUACAUUUAAAAAUACUAAAACAGACUUAUUAAGAUUAUUUGGGAGGCAACUUUGUGUUUGUUUCACUUUGAAUUAGAUUGAUUUAUGUCUAAUUGUGUAUCCUUUCAUCCACCUACUUCACUGAUAAUUCC